GCAGGGUGGGGAGCGGUGUGGGAUAGAGCACAGAUUCCGGAUAACGGAGAAAGGGAAACGGACAAGAAACAUGACUCGAGAUUGCCCUUGUGAAGGUUUCCACCUUGAAGGAUUACAAAACAACUCGUUUAAUACCAAGAAGGGCAGAGUGACAAGAAGGCGAGGACACUAAAGUGAACGAAAGGGAAGCGGACGCGGAGGAAAGAGGCGCGCCACGAAGGGAUCCAGGGUAUCGGACGGCAAACUCAGGAACUUCUCUGCGGUCAGUGGACUUGAAGACGAGUCCGGAGUUUUGGAUUUUCCUUCAAGACGUCGUGUUCGAUUGCGAAUACCUCAAGGCGCCGACGUCUUCCGGGAUCGAGUUGAGCUUUGCUAAACAUCGGAGCGUGUCACAGAUUGGAAACGCUACAGGCAGGCAGGCAGGCAGGCAAGCAGGCAGGCAGGCAGGUAGGUCGCUAGCGUUCCGCGUGGGGACUUUCGGCGUCUAACGCCAAAUACUGGAUCGAAACUGUCAACAGUUCUUCUUUGGUUCUCCCCCGUCGGACACGUUGCUGUGCGAGUGUGGAUAUUCUGUCUAAGGAACUUUCUGUGGAACUAUACACGUUGGAGUAGACUGCUUUUGUUGACUCGAGUUUGUUCAACUGCUUGUUGACAACCAGACCUUCUGGAUAGUCUAUCGGCUUUUCUUUAUUCUCUGGUGGUUAUCAACGAGAGGCCUGUCCCCCUCCUCUGCAGCCAGGUGAUGGGCUUCUGAGUGACCGCAACACUGAAGACUCCGUGGAGCUUUGUCUGCGCUAUAUGUGACAUUGCUAGUAGACGUCAGGGUUUGAAUCCGUGAGAAAACGGCUCCCUACACUGACCAGUCCCCCAGAAAGCGCCUGUAAUUGGACCUAUUUUUUUUCGAGGGAGGAAUGGGGUAAAAGCAGAACGCUCGAAAUUCAACUCCCCUCCUUGUCUUUUACCCCUUCUAUCAGCACACUUAUCAUAAAGCUGGGGAGCCUGGAUAGGCAGAAAAUCAAAUCAAAGGUUGGACAAACGUAUUCUAAUGAAUAAUUUGAGUGAGAUCGGUCAGAACAGUUUUGACGCAAGUCCCACCAGCCAGGGAAUACCUGCUGCACUGGAUUUUAUUGCUAAAGGCUGCACUGGACAGAAAAAUCCUAUUUUGGAUUACAAAUUAAAUAUGUCUGAACUGCUUCUUUCCUACUUUGUUACUCCUAGCCAGGACAACGUUAAUGCCAUUAUGCCAUUAGGAUCCAUGACAGAGUAGAAAUCUUUUAGCAUUCUAGAAUAGUAGGACCUACUUUCAACUACCUAAAAUAAGUUACCAGCAAUCUGGAGCAGUGCAAACUUCCAUCUCAAAGAAACAAGCAAAAGCUACCCUGACUAACCAAAUAUUAUCCACGUCCCCCAACAACAGAGAAAAAGAAAAUAUAUGUAGAAUGAGAGCUCUAUAUCUAUAGUGUAACUCUGUACAUCCUUUAUAUUUUUACUUAAGAUAGACAAGCUGCCUGUACACCGAUUGGUUGCCUUAGAAACCACAGUAACAAAGAAACAAGCUUGCGAGGACUGUGCCUUUUGAUUUGAUUGGUUGGUUUCCCACCAUUUCAAGAUUGACUGAGUCAGUUGGAUAAACUGCUUGAGCAAACUCUGGGAUUGAAAACACGCCUCAUGAAGGUUACUUAAGCCCCCCACAAAGGCUGCCCACCUGUGAAGUGAUUUGAUUGAUUGGGUUUCCCUUCUGGAUUGACCUUUUGCAAAGUGUUUCCAUGGUGAUCACAUCAUCAUCUGUGGAGGACAAGACUGUGCCCCCUUGCAGAAUGGUCCAAUCACAACCCUGGAUCGCCUCUGCUCUCCAUCGUGACAAUAAAAGUGUAAGCAGCUCAGGAUGUCCGCCCACCUCCACCUCCUCCUCCUCCUCCUCCUCCUCCUCCUCUACUGCCCAGGGCUUCUCCCUCGCUGAGCCAGCCAUGACCAGCCAGCACACACAUACACACCCCUCCUUCAGCUCCAUUCACUCCAUGGCCGAACAGCAGCAGGUGCUGUCUGAUAUGACCAUACUCCAGCGGAGAAUUCCCCCUAGUUUCAGAGACCCUGCCAGUGCCCCAUUGCGGAAACUCUCUGUAGACCUCAUCAAAACAUACAAGCACAUCAAUGAGGUGUAUUAUACUAAGAAGAAGCGGCGGGCCCAGCAGGUCCCUCCUGAAGAUAGCAGUACUAAGAAGGAGAGAAAAGUCUACAAUGACGGUUAUGAUGACGACAAUUAUGAUUACAUCGUCAAAAAUGGAGAAAAGUGGCUGGACCGCUAUGAGAUAGACUCAUUGAUUGGGAAGGGCUCCUUCGGACAGGUGGUGAAGGCCUACGACCACCAUGAGCAGGAAUGGGUCGCCAUCAAGAUCAUCAAGAACAAAAAGGCAUUUCUAAACCAGGCACAGAUUGAACUUCGCCUGCUGGAGCUCAUGAACAAGCAUGAUACUGAGAUGAAAUAUUACAUAGUCCACCUGAAGCGUCACUUUAUGUUUAGGAACCAUCUUUGUUUGGUGUUUGAGUUGUUGAGCUACAAUCUGUAUGACCUGUUGAGGAACACCAACUUCAGAGGGGUCUCCCUUAACCUCACCCGGAAAUUUGCACAGCAGCUCUGUACAGCGUUAUUAUUCCUGGCCACUCCAGAACUGUCAAUUAUCCACUGCGACCUGAAACCAGAAAACAUACUGCUAUGUAACCCCAAGAGAUCUGCCAUCAAGAUAGUCGACUUUGGAUCAUCCUGUCAGCUUGGGCAGAGGAUCUAUCAGUAUAUCCAGAGCAGGUUUUACCGCUCCCCUGAAGUUCUCUUGGGAAUGCCAUAUGACCUGGCAAUUGACAUGUGGUCUCUUGGAUGCAUCUUGGUGGAGAUGCACACAGGAGAACCUCUCUUCAGUGGCUCCAAUGAGGUUGACCAAAUGAACAAAAUUGUUGAAGUAUUGGGGGUCCCUCCCAGCCACAUGUUGGAUGCAGCUCCAAAAGCCAGGAAGUAUUUUGACAAGCUAUCAGAUGGGCUGUGGACAGUGAAGAAGAACAAGGACAUCAAGAAGGGUCGCGGGCGUGCUGGAGCCUAUCCCAGCUAUCUCCGGGCGAGAGGCGGGGAGUACAAGCCCCCAGCCACUCGGCGUCUUCAUGAGAUUUUGGGUGUAGAGACAGGGGGGCCAGGGGGUCGGAGAGCAGGUGAACCAGGACAUGCCCCCUGUGACUACCUGAAAUUUAAAGACCUGAUCCUGCGCAUGCUGGACUAUGACCCCAAAAGCCGCAUCACGCCAUUUUACGCCCUGCAGCACAACUUCUUCAAGAAGACCACAGAUGAAGGAACGAACACUAGUUCAUCAACAUCCACCUCUCCUGCCAUGGACCACUCCCAUUCAACCUCCACUACUAGCUCUGUUUCUAGCUCUGGUGGCUCCAGUGGUUCCUCCAAUGACAACCGCAACUAUCGCUACAGUAACCGAUAUUACAACUCUGCUGUGACACAUUCAGACUAUGAGAUGACCAGCCCUCAGGCUCCAUCCCAGCAGCAGAUGAGGAUGUGGCCAGGCAGUGAUGGUGGAGGUGGGGGUCAGGACCCAGCAUACACCCAGUUGCUGCUCCACAAGCCGGCUGCCUCCCAACAACACCAGCGCCACUUCCUGGAUCAGCCCCACCAUCCCCACCCGACCUACUCCCACCACGGGAACGGCGGGCGCGGCCUGCGACAGGGCGGACAGACGGGCAUCGGCGGAGGAGGGGGCCAGCAGGGAUCCUCGCCCCAGAUGAGUGACAGCAUGGAUGUGGGCGUGUCCCUAGGGCUGCACCACCUGGGGGCGGUGUCUUCCAUGGAGGCGUCUCAAUUCGGCUCCGCCUCCCUACCCCUCGCUCUGCCGAUGGGACUGUCUGCCUUCCGGACUCGGACGGCCCCCGCCGCACCCGGGCCGCAAGCGCCGCCCCCUGAGGACUACUACCCUGCCUCCAACAACAAUAACCCCGCUGCAGGGGGCAGAGGGAGGCCGGACUCAGACGAGGGGCCGGCCAACUCUUGAUAAAACCUGAACCAUGCCCUAAAGCCAUACAAUUUUAACUACAACUACGACAACUACACAUAUACAGCCGGAGUUCAGAGACAAAGACAUGAACUUUGUGCUGAAGGAGACAGUCUGUACUGCAUGAGAGGAGGAGGAUGCUGGGAAAACUCUCCUUUUUAUCCUGUUUUACUUUUUCGUCUUUUGUUGCGACUGUCAUUUGAAAUUGAAUGAUUGUGACAAGUUUGUUUUUAUUAAUAUUAUUGUUGUUGGUUAAUAUUAUUUGAUUUUUUUUUUUUUUUUUUCCCUCCCCCCCCCCCCCUGUGGUUUGAGGAGUUGUGUGUUCUAUUGGUGUUUUGAGCCUGGAGAGGAGGGAGGAGGAUGAAGAGGAUAUAGAGGCCCCUUGCUUUUCUAUUUCACUCCAUUCGGAGGCAGAAAGUGGAAGGAGAGCACACUUUUCAUGUUUACAAAUUACAACAUUAGUAUGUUGUCAUUUACAGCGUUUAGAGGAGCGGUCACAACACACACACACACACACACACACACUCAUAUGCACCUCUUUUCAACAGGAGAGACAUCGUGUGUGAUUCAGGACUCUUGGAUUUUCUCUCCUGAGUGUUAUGUGUUUUUUGGUUAUUUUGUUUGUUUUUGUCCUCCCUCUGUCACGCCCAGUUGUGACAGGUGUAUAGAGGCAGGUGGAGGGAAGAGAAGGUGACAGAAUACUGAUGCCUUCCUGGCACUCACAGGGAUCUUCUCCGCAUCCUCUCAUCUUCCUCUCCUCCUCCUCCUCCUCCUCCUCCUGUUGUUUCUUCUCCAGACAGCUCCUCCUCUCUGUGCUGCUAAUCAUCAUGACAACUGGUCCGGAUUGCUGCUAAAGAUCCAACACAGAUCAAUAAAGAAUUAAAAAGAAUAGAAACAGAAAGUUUAAAAAACGAAACUUUUUAACCCUUCUGCUUAAGAGAAAAGGAUAAAGUAAGAACCACUGCAUCUCAAUGUAUUUAUUACUAUUUAACAAGAAAAAAACAAACUGAAAGUAACCCUUUUUUCUGCUCUUCUUUGUUUGGUUGCCUUCUUUCUGCAGGUGAGCUCUGAUUGGCUAUUGUAACAGUGACAGUAACUGGUGACGUGGGAAUGUCACUGGUUGUGGGGAAUGGGUGGUUCGGGAGGGUUUGGGGCAAAAUAAAGUUGGAUAUAUAAUAAGAAUAAAGAGUAUACUUUUGCACACCAAAGUCAAACAAAAAUCAGAUCUCCACUUUUAUUCCUACUAACCUGAUUCAUGACCAUCUUGUCAGGACAAAGCUUGUCUACUUAUGUGACUUUGAAUCGGGAGGAUGUUAAUUUUAGUAGCAAUAACAGAGACCUCCGGGGCAGCACUGGUGCAAGACUGGUUAGCACAUCUGCCUUACAGUUCUGAAGUCCUGGGUUCAAAUCCGGCCUUGUCUGUGGAGUUUAAAUGUUCUCCCAGUGCCAAAUCAGAUGUUAAUCAUAAACAUUGAAUAAACUGACUGAAUAGCA